AUGAUCUCACGUAAUGUAGAACAAAGUCAUGUCAGUUUUACUAUGGUAUGGUUUUUAUGUUCUACAUUCCAAUCAGAUUUAAGUGAAAAAUUAAAAUCAGUUGAUGUGAAAAUUGAUGAUGCUGCUCUUAAUACACUUCGAAAAACCUUUCUUAAAGCGAAACCACAAAUCGCACUUCAACAGUUGUUAACAUUUGAAGAGCCUUGUGAAUGA